ACGGUUCAGCGGCGCUAGCAUACGCCAAGUUUUCUUUGACUUUCCGCAACCUUCUACUAAAUACUUUACUUCUUAGCUUUUUCUUUUCCUUCUGUUUCCACAUUCCACAGAAUUGAUUCAACCCAAGUCUUGAUUUUCCAAGGAACCGAAGAAAAUAUCUCUGAGAUCCAAUCUAAACAAAACAAUAUCUGAAUGGAUGUUACUUCCUCCUCGUCGAGUCACGCCGAAUUCGAUUACUUAUUCAAGCUUCUGUUAAUUGGUGAUUCUGGAGUCGGCAAAAGCACGCUGCUUCUCAGAUUCACCUCUGAUAAUUUCGAGGAUCUUUCUCCUACCAUCGGUGUAGACUUCAAAGUGAAAUAUGUUACAAUUGGUGGAAAAAAGUUAAAACUUGCUAUUUGGGACACAGCUGGACAAGAAAGGUUUAGAACACUUACCAGUUCAUAUUAUAGAGGUGCACAAGGAAUAAUUAUGGUGUACGAUGUAACACGGCGGGAAACUUUUACAAAUCUAUCUGAUAUAUGGGCUAAAGAAAUUGACUUAUACUCAACAAAUCAAGACUGUAUCAAGAUGCUUGUAGGAAACAAAGUUGACAAGGAAAGUGAAAGGGUUGUUAGCAAAAAGGAAGCGGUGGACUUUGCAAGGCAAUAUGGAUGCCUUUAUACUGAAUGCAGUGCGAAAACCCGAGUAAAUGUUGAGCAGUGUUUUGAAGAACUUGUAGUGAAGAUUUUGGAGACACCAAGCCUCUUGGCUGAGGGCUCAUCUGGUGUGAAAAAAAACAUCUUCAAGCAGAAACCACAAGAGUCUGAUGCAUCAACUAGUAGCUGUUGCUCAUGGUGAUUAUGAUGUAUUUAAAGAGCUAUCACCUUCCACUUUUCAGUAUGAUGUUAAGACAUUUCAUUACAUGUACCAAAAAACUAAUUUCAAUUUGUUGCGAUCAAUCUUUAAAAUUUGCCUACUUUUAAUGGUC